UCCUAGACUAUAUAGUUUAUGGCUUCAUUCACCGGUACUCAAAUAAUACAUAGAAAAUGAAGGUAAACGAUUGCCACUUAUUAUAACCGGACGAUUCAAGGGUUGAGUUCAGUUUUAUUCCGUUCCAACAUUGGGUAUUAAGAUCCUCGGUUCUGAAAAGAAAAUCAAGUAAGGUUUUCAAACAUGGCAAAUAUUAGGGAGUUGCAUGCUGCUGCUUGGUUAGGAGAAAUAGACACUAUCUACAAAGUUAUUGAGCAGGAUCCACGCAUUUUGGAGGAAGUUGAUGCAGUACCGUUUGUCAACACUCCUUUGCACACUGCUGCAUCUGCAGGACACCUAGAAUUUUCCAUAGAGAUUAUGAGAUUGAAGCCUUCAUUUGGUUGGAAGCUAAACGAGCAAGGUUUUAGUCCAAUCCACCUUGCAUUACAAAACAAUCAACACAAUCUGGUGCGUCGCCUUGUAGAAAUCAACAAAGAUCUCGUUCGAGUCAAAGGAAGAGAAGGCGUCACUCCUUUGCAUUUUCUAUGUCAAUCUGGUGAUGACAAUAAAAACAUCAAACUUUUAAUUGACUUGCUUGAAGCAUGCCCUGAUUCUAUUGAAGAUGUGAACGUGAGAAAUGAGACUGCACUGCAUAUUGCCCUCAUAAAUCAAAACUUGAGUGCCUUUCGAAAACUGGUUCACUGGCUCGUGAAGAAUGUCCGUAAGGGCGCUGAUUCUUUAGAGGUUUCCAUCUUGAACUGGAAGAAUUCAGAAGGCAACACCAUUUUGCACAUAGCAAUAAUUAAUGAUAACGAACAGGCGUUUGAUUUAUUGAUAGGAUCAAUAAAGGUGGAUAUAAAUGCAAGGAAUUUGGAAAACCAAACAGCAUUAGACUUAGCUGAAGCUCGUCCUUUGCCAACGAUGAAUAGAAAAUUACAAGAUAGAUUUGCGUUAUUUAUCAACCGGUUUCGACGUGGUUCUAUAGUAUUAGUAAUGGAUCGCAUAAAAGCAGAAGUAAGUGAAGAACAACGCAACGCUAACUUGGUAAUUGCUACUCUCAUGUUAACCGUAAUUUAUCAAACGGUUCUGAGUCCCCCAGGUGGACUCACCCAGGGUAGCGACAAUGAUCCAAGUGGUAAGAAUCUUCUAAACUCUACUUCAUCCCACAAUUCUACUGCAGCAGGGAAAUCUGUCAUGCCACAGAAAACUUUCUAUCUUGUUACAGUCUUGAAUGCUUACGUCUUUUUGUUUGCGAUUGGCAUCAUUAUCUCCAUGCUGCCAAAAUCAUUCUCCGCUUUUGCAGUUUUUUCAAUUCUAUACUUUAUGACGAGCUAUUUUGUUUCUGAGGCAGUGAUAUGGCCGUAGGAGCACUAAGCGUAAAUAUUUCAGCUUGCUUGAAUGGAUUGGAUCAACUGUUAGUCAUUGUACUCUCUUCCUUUGGGUGGGUGCUCUUUAGUUUCCUAUAUGUG